GUUCCUGAGCUGUGUGUCGUUCUUUAGUGCGUUGCGACUCGUGUGUCUAUCUCUCUGUGGUGAGUUAGCUGUCUGUCUGCCUCUCUCUCUCUCUCUCUCUCUGUGGUGAGUUAGCUGUCUGUCUGCCUGCCGUUCCUCUCCACUGCAUCCUGACUGACUGAAGAGCUCUGUCAUUGACUCAUCCCGUUCUUUAUAAGGAGGUGUUAAUGAUGAGCAACCGCUUCACAUAAUACUGGAACCAGCCAGCCUGAACAGACCAGACUUUAACAGACAGACACAGUCAACCACCGGACUGAAGCCAGCCUCGACAACCACAGAGAGCAGAGCAGAGGGGACUGGAAGAAUGUCAGUCUGACGGAGACAUAGACUGUUGUUCUGUUUUUAUUCUCAAUCUUCAAGACUUCCACCCCCUGGAUGGUGUGCAGGACACAGCUGCUUGUGGAGUAUGGGUACAACUGCCAGCGCAGCGCCACAACCCGUCUCUGUCUCAGGCUCCAUAUCCUCUGUAGCAGUGCCCCAGCAUCCUACUCCGCUUGAGAGUCUCCAUGGCAACGGGGCGGUGAACAGCAGACACUCUCUCAGCAUGAGCUCUUCCCAGACGGUGAAGAUCCACAGCGGCAAGGCCAAGUCUAUCAUCACUAACAAGGUGGCGCCUGUCGUCAUCACAUAUAAUUGCAGACAGGAAUUUCAGAUCCACGAUGACCUCUUCAGAACAAACUACAAAGUGGGCCGGAUAUCAGACUCAAUGCCUGAACACUACUUGGUACAGGGUGAGUUCUUCAUGGUCCAGGACGUGUACAGCAAGGCUGACGUCCUCAACACUACAGGCAGCUACGGAGCGCCAAACUACCGCCAGGUGAAAGGAAGCUACCCGCUGUACGGCAUGGGCCAGCCCAGCCUGAAUGGCUUCAAACAGGUCCUCCAAAGACUACAGAGUCAAGGGCAUGAGGAGGUGAUGUUCUUCUGUGUGCGUGAGGAACCGGUGGUGUUCCUGCACCUGGAGGAGAACUUUGUUCCAUACACUCCGCGGAGGAAGGAGAACCUCCAUGAGAAUCUCCAUGGCCUGGACAAGGAGGGGAUGGUGGAGAACCUGGAGCUCACCAUCAGGAAGGAGCUCCACGACUUUGCCAAGUUGAACGAUAACGUGUUCUACGUGUAUAACGACAUCGAGCACUUCAAGGGCGAGCCUCAGAGGAGGACCAUCACCUGUGAGGAGGACAUCCAGGUCACAGAGGAGGUCUACAGGAGACCUCUGUUCACCAUGCCUCUCUACAGGUACUACCGGCUGCCACUACCGAUGGAAGGAGCACCUCUAGAGCAGGAUUUUGAUGCCUUUGUUACUGUUCUCAGGGAGAGCCCCAACCUGUCUUUGAGAAGGGACGUUUCCAGGCCUCUGCCUGCCCUGUUGUUCAGCUGUCAGGUGGGGGUAGGGCGGACCAAUCUAGCCAUGAUCCUGGGGACCCUGGUCCUCAACCACCUGAAGACAACCCAGGAACCACCACAAGCAGAAGAGGCAGAAGCCAAGCCCCUGUUCCAAGUCAUUCAGACCCUCAUCAACAGACUACCUGAAGGUCAACAGGUCAUGGAAGAGGUUGACCAAGCGAUCGCUCUGUGUUCAGAAAUGCACAACAUAAAAGAAGCGAUGUAUGAAAAUAAGAAGAAGCUUGAAGCGAUCGGAGAUGAUUAUCAAAUUCAGGGAAGCACGACCAAAGACUACUUUCUCCACAGAGCCAUCCAGAGCCUGGAACGUUAUUUCUACCUGAUUGUGUUCAACGCGUACCUUCAUGAGCAGUAUUCUCUUGGCUUUGCGUCCAACUUCAGCCAGUGGCUGUGUGCUCACCCCUGGGUGUACCGCCUGCUGGCCUGUAUGGACCUAUCAGAACUCUCCGCUCCGCCUGAUCUCGUCACCAAGGGAGCCCGCGUUCUGGUUGCUCACGAGUACCUGUCUCCAGACAUCCUCAGCACAGUGAAGGAGAUGAAGGUGGCCAACUUCAGAAGAGUCCCCAAGAUGCCUGUCUACGGCAUGUCUCAGCCUACAUCAGAGGCGACGGGUGCGGUGUUGACCCACCUGACAGAUGAGAAGAGGAAGUACAGCCACGUCCUGUGGGUCAACCUGCAGGAGGAGCUGGUUCUGGAGGGGAACGGACAGAUCUUCACCCCCAGAGAGCCGUCCUGUAUGGGGCAACACAUCCCUGUCCCCGCCACAGACCCCACGCAGAUAGAGAAACUAGAGACAGCCUUGGGAGAGGAGGUUCAGAGAGCCCAGAAGUGGCUGGAGGUGACUCUGGAGCAGGAGAAACAGAUGAAGAUGUUUAAAAGCUGUCUGACGGUCCAGGAGGUGUUCAAGCAGUACCAGAAAACACACCAGGGACUGUUCUAUAGACGUAUCCCUCUGGCAGACUGCUGCGCCCCCAAGGAGGAGGACUUUGACCAGCUCUUGGAGGCCAUGAAGAGUACCUUGGCAGAGGACUCUCACUCAGCCUUCGUGUUCAACUGCUCCAACGGCAAGGGAAGGACCACCACGGCCAUGGUCAUUGCUGCUCUCACUGUCUGGCACUUCAAUGGCUUUCCUGAGUUUGGUGACGAUGAGAUUGUCAGUGUUCCUGAUGCCAAGUACACGAAGGGAGAAUUCAAGGUGGUGAUGCAGCUAGUCAGACUAGGACCACCCCCAUUACACACCAUGCCGGACCACCCCAUUACCAGAUGA